ACCAGAAAAUGAAUCAUGAGGCAAGAAAUAAAAAAAAAUAUAUCUACCAGAUCGAUGAGCGUUGACCGAGCAUAUAUAUAGGUCUUUUCAUUCAAGCAAAUAGCAAUGAACUCACUCUGUACUCACUCAACCAUGGCUGCACGGUGUUUUGUAGUGCUGGUUUUUGUUUCUUUUCUGGUCAUGUCUGUGUCAGCCAUACCAUCAAAGAGGAGGAGAGGUUCUUUUAGCACAAUCAAACAACUCAACCGCAAAGGGCCUUAUAUUGGUCUCAUAACCGUGUAUUCACCAGAAGAAGAGGCUUUUUUCAGAACUGGGGCGUUUAAGCCAGAUGCUAAACACCCUUUUGUGGAUCUUUCAGGCAGUAAUUAUGAUGUUGAAGGGCGAAGGUAUCGAGUGGGAAAAAUCAAUGGGAAGAAAGUCGUUUUCGUGAGAUGUGGGGUUGGAAUUACAAACGCUGCUGCGGUAACACAACAAAUGCUGGAUCUAUUUGACGUAACUGGGAUUGUUCAUUUUGGAAUUUCUGGCAAUGUGAAUGAUUCUAUGUCGAUUGGGGAUGUUACCAUUCCCAAACAAUUUGCUCACACUGGCCUUUGGAACUGGCUGAACCCGAAUGGAACAAUGGACCCGGCCGAUGUGGCUUACUUGGAGGUUGGAAGCUACAAUGUACCCGAAGGUGAUGGUGUGAAUCUGCUGGGGCAGAUUGGAUACAGCACUGAGCAGCUCUUCUCUGUGUCAAGGGAGCCUAACACUGCUGUUUCAUUGUGGUGGAUGGAAGUAAGUCAGCAAUGGCUUCAACUUGCUAGGAGCCUUGAGGGGAUGGAACUGGAGAAGUGUGUUAAUUCAAGCUUGUGCCUUAAAGAGAAGCCUAAGCUAGUUGUUGGGCUCAAGGGCGCGUCGUCCAACAUCUUUUUGGACAAUGCAGCUUACAGAGAUUUCCUCUUUCAAACUUUUGAGGUUUCAUCAUCAGACAUGGAAAGUUCUGCUGUAGUAAUGACAUGCUUGUCAAAUGGCUUUCCUGUGAUUGUCAUCCGAGGGCUGUCAGAUUUAGCUGGAGCAGAAUCAGGAGACAAUGCAAUCCACACAUUUGGUUCACUUGCAGCCCUCAAUGCCGCUAAAGCUGUUCUUGAAUUAAUCAACAAGCUACCAGGAUACAACUCUCCAUUGCUGCAUUACAUGUAGUUUCUCAUUAAUGUGUCAUCAUACCAUGAAAUUAGAGUUUUAACAACUAGGAGACAAAGGAGACAUCUUUAGGGGUUCUUCAGCAGAUUUGAAGCAGCAGGAACAAACUUCAUCUGGGACUCAUUCUACAAGCCCAGAUUUUUAUAUCAAUCACUGAUUCAAAAAUGUCAGAAGUAAUUUGCUUGCAACAAUUGAUUGAAAGAAAAUUUAACAGUUGAUGCACUA